AUGGCACUGCGGUUUGAGGCUCUGCACCCCGAGGGAAUCUGUCCUGGAUGGAGCAUCGUGGUCAAGGGUGAGACCAGUUCCAGUUCAGGCAUGUUUGAGAUUAAUUUGCUCUGUGAUCCCGGAGACCAAAUCGCUCUCCACUUUAACCCUCGCCUCUCCAGCUCCAGAAUUGUCUGCAACUCCUUCCUCAACAGCCACUGGGGGCAGGAAGAGGUUAACAGCACCUUCCCCUUCAAAGCAAAGGAGCCCUUUCAGGUGGAAAUCUACUCUGACCAGGACUAUUUCCACGUUUUCAUCAAUGAAAACAAAGUUCUGCAGUACAAGCAUCGGCAGAAGAAUCUCUCAUCCAUCACCAAGCUGCAGAUUCUGGAUGAUAUUGACAUUUCUUCAGUGGAAAUCACCAGACGAGCUCUUUACUAG